AUGGCGUCGACAAAGCAUAUCAAACGCGUGACGCUUACUUCGAAAAAGAACUGGUGGAUGGUGGAGUUGGAUGAUGAAGAGCAGAACCCAAGUGGCUCGUCUAACUCCUUCUCGUCCUCUGAAGAAACGGCGGUCGCGCACGAUCACCUCCAUCAUCUGCACCAUGGGCACCGGCAGGACAGCCACUACUCGACGCACCAGCAAGCAUACGCUGAUGAGCACCCAGAUCCACAGGCCGUGCAAGUCUUUAAUCCUCCCCGGCAUCCCACUGCAAUCUUCAACUUCCCCACGCCAUCAUCCUACAGCGCCCCGUCGAACCCACUGGUCGGUCUCAUGCCCUUCGCCAACGGUUCUGCCUCAGAGCUGUUCAAAUGCGUCGUCAAGAAGCCCGACGUCGUCCAGCUCGAGAUCAACGGCGAGAUGCAGUCUAACGCGUCCGACGUCACCACGCAGUUCCUCGCGGAGCUUAGGGUGUACACGACCGUCACGCGCCACAGGAACAUUGCCGCCUUCCUUGGGUGCCUUGAAAACGUCGGCAUGGUGCUCGAGUACAUCGACGGGCGCACGCUGUACGAUGUGGUGCGCGCGCAGCCGGAGCUCACAGCGGAGAAGAAGAUCGACUACCACGACCAGCUGCUGGACGGGCUAUGUCACCUGCACUCGUUCGGGCUCAGCCACGGCGAUCUUUCACUACUCAACAUUGAAGUGACGUACUCCUCAGACACCAUCAAACUAUUGGAUUUUGGACGCUCGGUCUCCUGCGAGUCGGAGUACGUCUCGCCCGACGAGCCCCUCGACCCAUUUGCGUUUCUAGCACGCACGCCCUCUAACAACCAUUCGUACGUCCUCCCUAAGCUCACGCGAAAGGUGGAGCAGAUACACCCCGGGACACGGCCGUUCGCAGCGCCGGAGAUCCUCAGAGGCGAGUGCCAGGACGCACGGCUGGCCGAUGCGUACAGCUUCGGGAUGGUUCUAGUUUGUUUGGACAGGUGCGCGCUUGUGGACGUGAAGCCAUGGGAGCAGAGGAAGGAUCAGCUCCCGAAGGGGUUUUUGGACGGGCUGGAACUUUUUGGGGCCAGGGCGACGGAGUAUCUGAAGAGAUUCGAUCGGAGACGGAGGCUAUUGAAGGAAGAUCUCUUGAAAAAGGAGCGAGUGGGUUGAGGUCGGUCUGUACCAAGUUGGACAUAUCCGUCUGCGCGGUUCGAGGUUCCAGUAACUUAUUGAUCUUGGAUUUUAUGUCCCGGUUAUUUUCCAUGUAGUAUGUCUCCUCAUUUCAACCUCAUACCCUAGUUGCAUCUCACUUACGCCCAUCUCAUGACAAUCUGUAUUGUAGUGUGUACGUUACUGUGCUUGCAGCGUGUUUGCUGAAGACUAGUUGAGAAUCUUGUAGCAUACAAAUGAUAACUACAUGAUCGGUUCCCCUC